GGAGAGAGUGAGAGCUGAACAGCUCGCUGCUGACACUGCAGUAUAGCACUGGACGGUCGACGUGCUGUCAGUGGAAUGCGCUCGUCAGUCGUUCCUCCUCCAGUGAGACUACAGUGAGUGCUUGGGACGGUCGCGGUCGGACGUUCUCGCGGCCCCGAGACGCCUUCGCCGCCUUGGCGCUGUUGCAGGUGUUCGCUGGACUUUCGGCGCCGGCAGAAUCGUCCUGCCGACUCGUGUCGUCCUCGCCUGUGGUGGUGAGAGGUUAGUGCGAUCGACUUCCUGAGUGCCGAGCAACCGUAAAUGGAGUGCCACGUGUGCUUGGAGCCCUUCGACUCCACCGAGCGCCGGCCGAAGGUGCUGCCCUGCGGCCACUCGUUCUGCUUCAGGUGUCUGCAGGGGCUGGAGAUCAGGAAAUGCCCGCUGGACAACAAGCGAUUCCAGAGCUUACCGUCGAAUUUGCCUGACAACUAUAGCCUGAUUCAGUUCAAGCCCGUGGACACAACGUCUCUGCAGUUUUGGUGCCAGAGCUGCCAGAAGACCGCGACCCAAGAGUGCGUGGAGAACCAUUCCGUUUGCAGUCUGAAGAAGGUGCGGGCUGAAGAGGCUGGACAGCUUCUGGAGGCACUGCAGCGCGACCAGGCGGCCGUGGACGAGGCCUUCGGCACACUGGAGGACUUGCGCGGCCAGUUGGAGGCCCUGCACGGCGAGCUGGAGAAGAAGAGGGUUGGCCUGGUCGCUGCGGAGUGGCGCCUGCAGACCGGGCAGGGCGCGGACGAGGCCGCCUGGGAGAGUGCCAAGCAGGACGCGGCGCAGGCCGCCCCACUCUGGCAAGAGCGCUCCAACAGAGAAGAUCGUGAGAUGACAGUGGAGGAGAUGGCAGCCGUGAUGGUGGCGGGCUCCAGGGUGGCGCGUGGCAGGGACUGGCCGGAAGGUGCCAAAGCCGACGGCACUCCUCCCGGGCCCGGCACAGUCGUUGCAAAAGUGUCCUCCACCCAAGUGAGCGUGAAGUGGGACCGCACGGGUCAGACUCACUCCUGUUCCAUGGGAAACAACGGGAAGUACCACCUACGUCUGCUGCCCCCUGUUAUGGUGCCCUACCUUGAGACACUAGGAGGAACUUACGAUAUGGCCUCUGUAAGUUCCAGCAAGGAGGCGGGAGAAGUGGUCAGAAAACAAAGUUUUGAGCAGGCAGUCGGCCUUCAGUGCACUGCGUCGCCGACUGUAAGCCUGACAGUGCUGCAACUGUGCGCGGCCCGCACCGCGCCCGUGUACUCGGGCUACUCGACCAACGACCGGGGCCUGCGCGGCCUGCACUUGGUGUCGCCCCAGCAGCAGCACCUGGAGGCGGCCCUGGCGAUGCCGCGCCUGCAGGCCCUGAGCAUCACCAACGUCACGAGUCCGCAGCUGCAGCAGGUGAUGCAGUUGGCGUCGCUCCAGCGCCUGGAGGUGCACUGCCCGUUCGACGCCCCGCUGACGAUGUUCGCUCCCCUCGCGACUCCCGCGAGGCCGGGCUCGCUGCGCUGGCUGCGCUGCGGCGUGCACCCGCUGGUGGCGGCGCUGGACUUGGUGCGCGCGCACGCGGACUCGCUGGAAGAGCUGCAGUUGGUGGCCGCCUCGACGGAGCCCUACGGCUGCCCCGACCUGGCGCGGCAGCUGCGGAGCUGCGGCCUCAAGAAGCUGAAGCGUCUGGCGCUGCUGCGACACGAUGCGUACGACGGGGCCUGCCGCCACGACAAGGAGAGCUGCAGCGCGCAGAUGAAACAUCUCUGCGAAGUGUUCGCUGAGAGUAACCCACGCCCCGUCAUGCUCUGUGGCGCGUGUGACCGCGUGGUUUAGGCUAGCAAUCCGAUGGUCAGCUUUCCCUGUCGCCCACUGCUAUCUCUGGAUAUCUUCACUGGCGCGGUGUAGUGCGGGUUGCUCUUGUAGUGGGCCACAAUGGCCGAAUGUAAUUUUUGAUUCCUUGUAUUCAGUGAAAUUUUUUUUUUACCAGGCGUCGUAUUAAAAUUAAUGCUCCAAUG